GCUACUGGCUCUGGAGUCUGCAAUUUGCAUGGUGACCAUGAUGGUCUGUCAACAAUGGUCACCGUGGUGCCAAUGCCAAUGCCAAUGGCCGGAGAGUCGCUACUCGCAGGACACCUUAGCAUGGGGGAAUGUAGGUAGGUCGAAGGUAGGUAAACUUGGCGUUGGUGGCGAGUAGGUAUUGUGGGGCCAUGCUGCUUGAUGGUGACUACAAACUGUUCCACUGUCGUCUGAGCCCAGCAGCAUUUAGGAGUCCAUCUGAUUGAAACAGCGGGGACUGGGGCGGCCGCUCUUUGAGGGAAACAACUGGCAUGAUCGUGGGCACCCGCCGCAGACGGCUUCAGGUGCUUAGCAGCGAAGAGGAGAUGAAGCUCAUUGAGGAGCAGCGCUCCAGAGCACGGAAGGAGCGCUUGCUGCAGGUUCGCCGCCAGGACACAAUCUUGGCUGCACAUCGCGUAAGAGAGUUUCGAGCACAAGUGACCACCGGUCAGCAGCGUCUGGCUCAACAGCUUGAGAAUCAAUGGCAACUAGAGCGGCAGCAGAAGAUUGAGGAACUAGAGGCGGAGCUGGCGGCCGCGCUGGCGGACGUGGGACGCAGCCAGCGGCAGGCGCAGGACGCUGUUGAGGAGAAGGCGAAAAGGGCCGAGGCCGCAGCGGUGCAGGCUGUGGAAAACCUGCGCAACGCCCAAGCGAGAUUCCAAGGGGCGCUAAGAGAGGAGCAAAGUAGGAGAACUGAGCUCCAAGCUGAGCAGCGGGCCGCGGAAGCACGGCGCAAGGCAAUGGAAGAGACGAUGCGCAUGGAGAGGGCGCUUGCGCAAAUUGCCGCUCGGAAUGCAGAGCUCAGACAGCGAGCGGAGGCAGCUGCAGCAGCGACGCGCGAGCCCCGGAUCCUUCCGGUGAUCGAUGACUUGGACGCGUUCCGCUUCACGUGCUUGCACCGGCAGCUGCUGGAGCGGACGCCGCUGACCAACAUCCCGGGCGCCGAAAACGCGCCUCCGCAGCAAGUGGUCAAGUUCCCUCCCCCGAACGUUCACAUCAAGGGCCUGGACGACAGCCGCGUGGCGGCGGAGGUCGAGCGGCGGCGCAUCGAGGCGGAAAAGGAGAGACGAGAACGAGAGCGGAGGGAGACGCACAGCCGGACCGUCGAGAGGGAGGCCGCGGCGCACUUCCGAAUCGGCGUUUGGAGGCAACGCAAGGAGGCGGCCAUUGCGCUUGCCCGAUCCAGGCGCGCCGAGGGUCUGGAGAGACAGCGGGCUCUGUUUCCAAUCGACGAAGAGGGCACGCUACCGACGCAACCUCUGGAGCAACAGGCGGCAUCGCUACAAGAAGAGAUAGAAGGACUUGCUGCCCCAAGCGGCCGUCCGGGAGAACGUCCGACCGCAGCCGUUUCGGACGAGCGCGCGCCGGUGCAAGCAGCCUCAGCGCGACCGGAGCCGGCCCCUGCUGAAGCAGCAACGGCUCAGGCCUCAACGUCCUCCGCUGAGCUUGACGGACCGUCCGGGGCUUCGUCCGAAGCAGCAUCGGCUCAGCGUCCGGAAACGGCUCCCGAAGAGAUUGAAGUAUUGGCCCAGGAUAGCAGGGAACGGCACCCGGGGGGUUCAGUGGAGCCACGGCCAGACGGAUCCAGAGCGGAACAGGGAGCCGGAACGGAAGAAGGCGCUGCAGCGGAAGCAGACGAAAAGGUAGGGGCAAAGGAAUCAUCGGCAGGGGCCUCCGGAGCUGAGACUCGGAGGCCCCCGUUGCCUGAGGAAGCCGGCCACGUGUCAGCAGAUGGAGGCCCCGGUGUUCAAGGGGAAGAAAGCGGGGUUAGAGUUAGCGGCGGGUUAGGGGGCUGGUUGCCAAGGAUAGGCGAGGACAGCCCGUUUGUUGAGCGGGGGGGUCAGGCGCGGGGAGAUUUGAGGGGCCCAUCGGAGGAGCUUGUGAACUCUUCACGGGCGGAGGACGUACGGGGGGGAGGUCAAGAAGGUGCGGCGGGUCGUGUCGAAGAAGCAGCGCCGGAUUUCUCGGAGGAGGUUCCGGGGAUGGACCUGCGGGAGGUUCUGGAGCAGCUCGUGGCAUUGGAGGACGCGAGGAGCGGCGACGCGCGGGAAGCCUUGCGGAUUCUGGACGAGAGAGCCGACCUGACACGGCCGCACAAUCCGGAAGAAGGAGGAAGGGGAGCAGAAGCUCCAAGGAGAGCGGAAGGCACCAGCGAGCUGCGGCAGUCGCUGGAGGAGUUCAUCGUGCUAGAGCGGGAACUGUACGAGAAGGAGCAGCAGAAGGAGCGCUUGAGGGGGAGACUCGAGUCUGGUGUUGGAGUUCGCGAUUUAGAGGGGAGUGGGCAAUUGGAAACACAAGCAAAGUUUCCUGGAGAGAGGGGAAGAAACAGAGGAGAAGAAAGAAGGGAUGACGGCUUGAUGGACAGACAAAACGAGGGCGGAGUGGUUUCGAGAGCUUUGGGAACUGCUUCCGCUGCCCCCAAGGUUGACGUCAGCAUAGGUGCGGUCCCUGGUUCAGAGGCGCUCAGCGGAGGCGCGAGUGGGCUGGCAGCUGACCAACUGGGUUUGGCAAACCCGGGCGGGUUAGAGGGGUUAGAGGUAAACACAGCCAGACAGCGCCUUGGGCAUUGGGGCCUGGACUAUGCCUCCUCGGACUUCACGCUGAUGUCAUCGCCGACGUCCGGACUCUCGCCGUUCUCGUUGCUGACGUCACCCCUGUCGAACUUCAGCGAAGACGACCUGGACGUGCUUCUUGAUGUCCACGUGUCGAGCUUUGCGCUUGGCCCCGUGUCGGGGUCAGGCGACGGUGCGACGUUGCGGGAAGGAGAGACGGCAGAAUUCCGCGAACAGCCGGGUUUGGGAUUGAACGCAGGGGAGGAGUUGCACAGCGCCGAGGGGCAAGUCACAAGUGGAACUGGCUUUGAUACGGAGCUGUCAGCGAGAAGGACGGAGGGAGAGGAAAAUGAACGAACGCGGGAGCCUGAUGGAGCCAAGGAACACGUCAGCAGCUCCGCUCCCACCAGCUCCUCGCUGCUCACGUCCGGCGACACCAUGCUGUCCGGUGGAACCGGGCUGUCCAACCGGACGGAACUAGAAGCGGGGGCUUUGUUACCGAGCUCGGAGCUCACGACGAGCGGCACGGUCCCUAGCACCGACUUACCCCCGACCAGUACAACCGAGCGGUCGGAGACUGGUGCCGCCGAGGCCCCCUUUCCCUCGGGGCACUCUUCCCCGGGGUCGCAAACAGCGCCCACCUAUCCGCCCUCGUCCCCCGGUGUUUUCCAACCGGUUCCACAGACCCUGGAUACGGGCCGUGCUUCUGCUCCCGGAGACUUUGAACCGACCUCUGAAGAAGAACAGGGUCACCAACCGGUUACACUUGACCUGGUGACGGAGGGUGUUUUUGCUCCCAGCAAUUCUGAACCGAACGCUGAAAAACAGCAGGGGAAGAGGGCGGCCGCGAUUGGCAAUCUGCCCGGGGAACGUGAGCGCCCGGUGGAUGAUAUCUUUGCCCGGUUGAAACGCGAGCUGGACGAGUUCGACGAGCGGUUGGACGCGGUGCGCGCGGACGUGUUCGCGCAAGGGGGAGCGGCUGCACGGCUACCCAGCUCGACGUCUGGUCUCCCUUCGACACCCACCACGAGCACUUCAGACGGCAACGCCCGCCCGCCCCUGCCCCCCUCGUCCCAAUCCAAGCCGUCCGACGCUCCGGCCGCUGACGUCAGCACGGAAGGCCGCCCUGCUGACGUCGCCCUGCCUCCAGUAGUCGAAGCGUUCCUCCCUGGGACUGCGCCUCCUGAGCGCGUUGCUGACGCCACGCUGACGUCGACGACGAUUGCCUCCCUCCUGGCGGCCACUUUGACCGUCUCCAGCUUCAGCCUAACCACCUCUGGUUCCAGCCCGGUUAGUCAAAGCCCCCAUGUGAAUCCUGCCGGAAACCCACACGUGCAUCGUGACGUCAGGGCUUCCCCCGACUCGGCGUCAGACUCUGAAGGUCCUCACGCCCAGAAACUUGAUCCCAGUGAUGAUCAGCAAAGUGAAGAUGCUGACGUCACGGCCCUCGACGGUCGCCUUAACUUUGACAUGCGGGCUGCGGAGCCGUCCGCGGAAACCGGGCGGCCGUCGAUUGCGGCCGCGCUGGGGCUCAGCGAAACCAGCUCGGAAGAAUCGGAAGCGGCGGAAACGGAACGGACUGCGCUUGGCGAGACCGGAAAGUCUGGGGAAGGGUCUUCAGGAAAGAGCGAGCUCUCUUCCAACUCGGCCAUUAGCUCUCCCGAAGGAGGAGGGUCAACGUUAGCUGGCCGCGAAUUCAGGGAGGCUGCUUUUCGAGGGGCCGAGCAAGAAAGAUCUGCGGGAGAGAGCAACCAUUCCGGAAAGUCACCCGAUGCGGGCGAUCUUGCUCCGUUUGUCGAGAGCUCAAAUCCGUCUAGCCCAGCUUUGUCCGAGCGGUUGUCUCCCAGCGACCAGUCGCUGACGACCACGUGGCAGUACCGGAGCAGUUCGCUCCUUGCGGCUCCGGCUGCGUAUCAAACGGGCACACAGAUGGCGCCACUUUCUGAGGAGUGGUCGGAGGGGUUCAGGGCUUUGGAGGAAGGGGUUUCGGAGGAGGAAAGUUUGGGAGCUGCUGUGCCGAGGAGCGGCGUUGAGGUACGUUCCGUCUCCACGGAAAGGCAGGCGGGGCAAGGCGCAGAACGGAAGGAUGGAAGAGCGGAAGCAGCGGCGCCCGUUGCAGGGCCUUCCGAAAGCAGAGCUGAGGCAGAGUUCCACGAAGAGGCCCUGUCGCUCGCGCCGCUCCCGCUCAGCCCCCGUCUCCUUCCCAGCGAAGACAUGUCUUCCAAUCACUGGCAGCCCCCUCCCCUGCAGAAGCCCAAGGCGCACUUCGCGGAAGACCUUCUGCGGCGAUCGCUGUCGCCCCCAGCCGCCGCGCAAACCUUCAAACCUCCGAACGUCGCGGCCGCCCUGGCGCUGCUCGACCGCCCCUCGGAGCUGCUGACGUUCGACGAACAGCUGGAGGCCCUGGCCGGAGAGUUGCGGAAGCUGGAUCAAAGGCUACACGUGGCGACGUCACAGAGCGUCAGCAGCCUUCUUGGAAGCGGGCCGCCCGAUGACGGAAGCAGGGAGGUCUACCGGGAAGGUGUGAGGGAAAAGAGCAGGGAUGUGGGCGAUCGGAGGGGAUCCCCCGGAGACAGCGACGCGGUUCGAAGGGACGAAGCUGGGGGGGGAGCGAGUGCUGACGUCACCAGCCCGACGAGUGGCGACACUGCCGGUGUAUCGAGUGUAAUGGCGGAUGAUGCUUCCCCUCAAGCCGGCACUGCUGACGUCAGCGGCGGAGAAGCGGACGCCAACAGUCCGCUUCGCGAGGACUCGGACGUGCGGUCGGGGGCCCCUUUGCACGGAACAGAAGCGGAACGGAGCGGGAGCGGCGAUCUUUCCAAAGCGAGCGAGCUUCGAACGGAGCCAGAAAACUCUGCAAGUCCGGAGCAAAGGCGGGCACUCCCCCCAGUUGCGGGCCGGGUCGACAUCGCGUCACUCUCGUCCGUCGGAUGGGCUGCCGCGCUGGACAUCGACGGCCCAGAUUCGCUGCUCGCAGGAUCCGCAGACUUUUCGCCCUGGCGGGGAAGCGACGUCUCGGAUCCGUCGCCUGCUUUUGGGAGGCUAGCGAAAGGAGGCACCGGCAUGCAGUCGAGUGUACCCUUUUCGGAGCCAGCUUUCGGUCGUGGGCUGACAGCGUCUGAGAAAGGCAUAGAAGCUGAAGGAGAAGAAUACUUGUCACCGUAUCUAGGUAAUUCUCUGCACGGAUCAGAUUUGCAGUCGGAGUCAGGAGGGGUUCGUACCGACAUCGGCAAAGCGGCGGGGAGAGGGGGGUCUGGAGUUUUGGGACAACAAGAGGCGGGGGGUCAAGAACAGCGGAUAGAAGACCGGAAGACACCCCAAAUCGCAAAGCUUUCUUCGAGCCGGCCCACAGUAGCUGAGCAGCGGCCAGUUUCUGCGUCCGGAAGGGCGACCGCGUCUGCUGCGGGCAAGGGGAUGGUCGCCGGGAAAGGCACCUUCCUGGCCGCGCGCUCGAGGUCGUUCAGUCCUCUGCCCAAACCCCCACGGAACAAGGCCCGCUCGGCGGAACGAACGAGGCAAAGUGGGCCGGCAAAUUCCGCUGGACGGGGCGGAAAGGCCCCCAGUCCGUCGGCGGAACUCCGGAAGCAAGCGGGGGGAACUUCACUGGUUGCGGACAGCGGACUCGGCGCCGUCCGAAGCCCGUCCAAAGUGUCCGGUCCGGGUGGAAACGCGAGUUCCGCUGGACGGCGUGGAACCGCUUCCAUUCCGCCAGCGGAGCUCCGUAAGCAACGGGGGGAGUUCUCCCCAGCUGCGGACGGCGAAAGCGGCGCCGUCCGAAGCCCGUCCAGAGAGUCCGGUCCGCCCACACCGAGCUCGGUCACGAGCUCCUGGAGCAGCAUAACCAGCGGGUUAAGUGCCCGGGUCAAGGAGCCUGGCAGGAGGUUUGAGGACACCCUCAGGGCAGGGGCGGAGGAGGACCCGGGGGGGCGCCCCGGGAGCAAGGAGGAGGCGGAGAAGCGGAAGCGGGCCAUUGAGCUCAAGGAAAAGGCGCUCGCGUUUGACAAGGAGCAGCGAGACAAAAGGCGACGAAGUAGAACAACGGCUGCUUGAGGCGCUAGUACUUUCUUAGGUAUUACUUGUCUUGGGCGAAGGGGCCACCAGGUUUGGCUUCCAUUAGUUGCCAGUCUGGAAGUCUAGUUGACCAUAAUCAUGGUGGUUGUGGCCAGGCUAGGCCAGCGAUUGCUUUUUGGAGAAAGGCCGGUGAAGAGGUAUUGUCACUUGCGACCACGUACAUACGUACCUCUUAGACGGUAUUGACAGUUUGCUAGCCUUACCGUUAUAGACCUGCGCUGGACAUGGUGAGAAUAGGGUAUCUAGCUCGGUUUAUGGCGUGUGAAGUAACUUACAGCUCGUUUUACCACAA